AUGAAGAAACAACGACAUGGUUACUUCCCGGAUGAUUGCUGGGAACUCAUAUUCCAAAAACUUCGAGAAGACGAUGAGCGCGACUUGCAUUCGGUAUCUUUGGUCUCAAAGCGGUUCCUGUCGAUAUCUAGCCGGGUGAAGCUUAGCUUGAAGGUGAACGACAAGACAAUCCCACUACUCCCGAAUCUUCUUCGAAGAUUUCGACACAUCGAAAGCAUAGUCAUCGACAACACCGAUACCCAUAACGACAUAGAUGGAGUCGUUCAUCAGAUUUCACAGUCUGGUGUAUUGAAUCUCAAAGCCUUAACGUUUUCGUGUUCUACAGAACCUCCGCGAGAUGGUUUUAAGGCACUGGCGUUGAAUAAGAAUAUGAAGAAUAAAUUGAAGGUAUUGGAUUGCUCUGGACUGAUCUCUAUUCAAGACAACGAUUUGGUUUUGAUUGCAGAUUGUUUCCCACGGCUAGAGGAACUCAGGAUUAGUGCGAGUGAUUAUAUGUGCGAUGAUGAGGUUGCGGCACGUAUAACAGAUGAUGGUGUGGAUGCCUUGGCAUCAAAGCUUAAGGAAUUGAAGAAGAUUGCUUUUGAAGGUAAUACUUGUUUCAUUACUGAUCAAUCACUUAUUUCUCUAUCAACAAAUUGUGUGAAACUCAGGGAAAUCAAUCUUCGCAUAUACCGUGGUGGUCAAGAUUUUGUGACUGAAGACGGCGUUGAUUUUGUGGUGCAGCAUAGUCCCAAUUUGACCUCUCUCUUGUUGCAAUUGCGGUCGCUACAACCUUCUACAUUCUCUUUUACGAUUGGAAACCCUUUCACCCACGCCAAAAAUCUGCAUUCUCUCACCAUGUUUCAAGAACUCGUUACAGACAAUUAA